AAAGUCAAAAGUUCAGUUUAUUACGAGACAGUUAUACAAAUUUGAUUUGUCAGCUCUCAUGUCAGGCUCUCCCAGCUGUUAAAAAAAAUCUCAAUUUUCAAUAAAAUAAAAUAAAUAACGAAGUCUGAAAAAUUGGUGGCCACAAGCUCCACCCACAGUCACAGUGGCUCAAACACAGCCAUAGAACGUGAGAGAGUGAGAGGCCAUUGGAGACCCCACACACCUUGGUGAGUUUCACCAUUUGCGUUCUUUUGAUUUGGCUACACCCUAAUUCUUAUCUUCAACUCAACUCACUCUACUCUCCAGCCACUCAACCUUAUUCUCUCUUCUUCUUCUUCUUCAUCAUCUCUCCUCUCAUAUCUUCUCACACUUCCCACAAUAAUAAUUAAUAAAAGCCUCUUCAUUUCUCUACCCAUAAUUUUCUCUUUUUCAAACUUCUUUCAUCCCCUGCCUCUUGUUCCUUUACACCCUUCUUUUGGUUGUUCUGGUCUUGAUUUUAGCCAAAUAAGUUUUGUUUGAAGGGUAUCUUAACCAGUGGCAUAUAUUCUCUGGGUUAUUCACCUCCUUAAUAUCUAAUCUCAAUUCAGUGCCUAAAAAAAGUAGAAGAAAAAAAAAUCUCCUAUCUUUAUCGGGUUCUCUUCCUCAUUUCUCUGAAUUGGCUUAUGGGUAUUUGUCGUUUCUUUGAAUCUAUCGAGAACCUAGGAGGAAAGUAGAAAGUGGGUUUCUCGGGAAACAAACAGACAGGUUGAACUGAAAAUAUUUGAAGGAAGAUGAAGAUCCAGUGCGACGUGUGUGAGAAAGCUCCUGCUACAGUGAUUUGUUGCGCAGACGAAGCAGCUCUAUGCGCCAAGUGUGACGUUGAAGUUCAUGCAGCCAACAAACUAGCCAGCAAACACCAGAGGCUUCUUCUGCAGUGCCUCUCCACCAAGCUUCCUAAAUGUGACAUAUGCCAAGAUAAAGCAGCUUUCAUUUUCUGUGUGGAAGACAGAGCUCUCUUUUGUCAGGAUUGUGAUGAAUCUAUUCAUUCAGCUAAUAGUCUGGCUUCAAAUCACCAGCGCCUUUUGGCAACAGGAAUACGAGUGGCCUUGAAUUCCAGUUGUAACAAGGACACCAAGACGACCUACACAGAGCCACCAAAUCGGAACCCUGAACAAGUUUCACCAAAAAUGCCAGCACAAAGCAUCGGUUCAUCUUGGUCUGUUGAUGACUUGCUACACUUUUCAGAUUUUGAAUCUUCGGACAAGAAAGAGCCGAUCGAGUUUGGAGAACUGGACUGGCUAUCAGAAUCAGGCUUUUUUGGCGAGCCACUACCUCAGGAAACCUUGGCACCAGCAGAAGUUCCUCAACUUCCAGUAGUACCACAGUCAAGCAAUUUCAACUCAUAUAGACCUACCAAAUCCAGUGCUCCCUUCAAGAAGCCUAGACUCGAGAUGCCUGUCGACGAUGAUGAGUUCUUCAUUGUUCCUGAUCUUGGCUAAACUUUAAACAGCAUGGGUUAUGUGGCAUGAACCGAUAUAGGGUACAUGAAAUGUAGACAGUCAUACCUUACUACAGAUCUGCAUGUGCUUAUGUAUGUAAGUGUGCAAGAGCUUAUAAAUGCAUCUUAUAGAGAGUAUACUGUUCUUUAGCAACCAGAAGUAUGUAUCGUUAAUUAAGAGUAGGGUUGCCUUCUCCUUUCCCUCUCUCACUGUUUCAAUAAUAUGUUAAUUUUGUCCA